GAACGAGGAGGAAUAAAGGAACAGGUGGGAGUCGGGCCUAUUGAGCUGUGCACUUAUUGCUGUGUAUAGUGAAGUAAAACGUUUCCACACAUCUUGUGCAGUGUGCCGUGUCACAAUUAUUUCCUUAGGUUUCAACAGAGAGCUUCUUCAACAUUUCUUGUUCGCUAAGCUUACGGAAUUAUCGCAGUACUGAGAAAGCAUGGAAGCCUACUGGAUACCGUUGUAUGUUUGCUUGAUGGCGCUAAUAAUUAGACAGUGUGCAAGUCAAGAGAAUAUUUACGCCGAUUCGCCUUCUGUAUCUGGAGUUAACAUUCAGUGUCUUAGCAACAACAUCCAAGUUACCAUAGCAACCGGCACUAACUUUAACGGGAUGAUUUAUCCCAAGGGACUUUCAAAGAACUCCUCCUGUAUGAUGGAGUAUUCAACUAUCGAAGGGCAGGUUACUUACACUCUGCCAUUACAUGCUUGUAACACCAUGAACACUGAUCUAAAUGAUGGUGUAGAAUAUUUCAACACUGUUGUUGUCCAACCACACCGAAAGCUGGUGACCAAUCAGGGCCGAGGCUACCACGUAAGAUGCCGAUACCAGACAAAGGAAAAGAGUAUUAUUUCAAACUUCAAUGUUAGUAUGUUGGGUACAACUCCCAUGUAUGCUACUGCCCCAAUGCCGGUUUGUACCAUGAAAAUUUUCCAAGGAGAUUUUGAUCACGCGUUUGUUGCUGAAAAUGUCAAGAUUGGUGACCGUCUCACACUGGUCAUCAAUAUCGAUCUUCAAGAUAUCUAUGGUAUGAAGGUUACGAACUGCUUGGUUCGUGAUGGGCUCAACUGGGGAGAACAACCUUUAAUCAACAACGAUGGAUGUCCAGUUGAUCCCGAGAUUAUGGGUCCGUUUGACUACACCCAGAACAAAACCCGAGCAGUGGUGAACUUUCAAGCUCACAAGUUCCCUUACACGUCCUCUGUCUAUUAUCAGUGUAACGUCAAGCUGUGCUUGAAGAAGGGCGGAGGCUGUGAUGAUGUGCCCCCGCAGUGUGACCCCAGCGGAAGGAAUAUCUUGAAACGCCGAAGGAAGAGAGAAAGUGAAUUGGAAGAAAAAGGUGAUCUUACGAAAUUGAGGCAGGAGGAGCAGGAUGUGCGUGAUUUAAACAUAGAAGUAUUUUCUGGUCUCCAUGUGAACGAAGUUGAUAAUUUGAACACUGAUGACGAGCCUGGAAUAAAAACGCAGCCUUCAGUUGGCGAUGAUGAGUUUUGUGUUUCUACUAGAAAAUUCGCUAUUGGUAUUGCCAUUGCUGGAGUCUUGCUAAUGUUAGCAGUCAUGUUGCUCGUGGCCUGUAUCCUUCACCGCCGCCGCAGGAGAAAAGGGGCCAGUACAGCCUGCAGUUCUAUCUACUCUGGACCGUACUCUAACGCUGCAUACAGCAGGGACUGAGUCUUGACAAGACAUUUGUGAACGGGCGUGGGAAGAGGUCAAAGCGCCUUGAAAGACAAGCAGUUAUAUUGACCCCGUGAUAUUUAUGGACAGAUUUUAUAUCAAAUGAUCCUCUGAAGUCGUUAAUAAUUUACAAUAGUUUUUAAAAAAUCAGCAACAAGCUAAAAUAAGUAUAUUGGAAUCAGUUCAGAGUGUAAAUUACUUUAAACGAUUGAAUGCUAAAUUAUUUUCAUUUCAUAACUAGCUUAAAUAUAAAUGCUAAUUUUUCGUUUUUAAUACUAGGAAAACGAAUGCACGUAUUUCACGUAGCAUGGGUUUUGAAAUAUUCUAUGGUGUUUUUGUCAUUGUUUGUGGUGUUGGUAUCCAUGGUGUUACUGUUCGUAAUAUAGGUUUCCAUGGCGUAUUGUUAACGUCCGUGGUACAAAUUUUGGAAUAGUCUACGGUGUUUUUGUUAUUGUUCCUGGUAUAAGUUUCCGUGGUAUCACUGUUCUUGUUCGUAUUAUAAAUUUAGGAAUAGUGUUUUUGUCAUUAUUCGUGGUAUAGAUUUCCACGGUGUUAUUGUUCGUGUUGUAACUAUAGAUCUUUUCGGUUUCUUUGACUAUUUUUACAAAUUGAUUUCAUCUUAUUUCAACUUCGCAUUAUAUAUAUACCGUAUGAAGGAUUCUCUAAUUUAUAACGACACAAACUUCAAGGCUAUCUAGAACGUACUAUACCAAAAGAUGGAGCCAAACUGUUUGAAGCUUGUUUACACUAUAUCUAACCAAACUUCAUGAUUACUGGGAAGGUUUCUUUUUACUGAAAGUAAAAUUACUUCAGUUAUGAUAACUUAACAGAAGAAGCAGUGCCAAAGUUUUUUUUUUGUAUUCCAGAUUACUCUUUCUGUAAGUUAACCUAAGAUAUUAUGUUAAUUUAAAAUGUUUUAGUGGGUUAUGGUGUCCUUCAUGUCAUUGUGAACUUUUAAAAAAUAUUGUCACUUAUAGGCAUAUUAUUACUAUUAAUAAGUUCUGGAGGAAGAUUUUUUAACGACUAGAAAAAUGCCAGUUUAAGAUAAAGACAUUUUUAUUUGGUUCUUCCUUUUCAACUGUUGGUUUCCUACCUUUGGAUGUUGGUUCAAAUUCUGAAGUUAAAAAAGCGUUCAGUACAUAUUAAAUUGUUUGUCAUUGUCUUGUUUACGUGUUUCAUAUUUAUUUGUUGAUGAAGAAAAAAGUUAAAUGAAAAAUCACGUGCUUUGAGAUGAGAUUUAUGGUUAUAUUUGGUGAUUUUUUUUUUAUUCAUAUACAAUUUGAUAAGUGGCCGUUGUAACAGCGACUGAAAAUUCGUAGAUAAUCGCCACGGGGUUACCCUUUGAAAAUCUAAAGGAUAAUUACUUAACAAUCCUAAAGUGUCUUGCAAACUGUGUUCAGUGUCAUUAAUUGUGCACUACAUUUACUUCAACUUUUUAAUACAUCUCUUUCUAAUUGUAUCUUUAAAAAGUUCUAAGUUAGCUCAUAAUGUGUAACAAGCAGUGUUUUACUUAGCAUAAACACUAUGUAAACCGUAGGCUGGUCUUAUUAUUUUCUAUUGAAAGUCUGAUGUGAUACGGAACUGCCAGACACUGGUAAAAAAAAGGGAGUCGAAAUUGGGUUCUUAUCAAGCAUAAACUUCUAUAGUGUCAUAGCUGCUGCCUUAAAAUAUUUUCGUCUUAAAAAAUAACUCGAAAACGGGUGUUAGAAGCGGGAGAUUUUGUGUUAUGUUUUCUAUUGAGUGUCUACAAGAAAAUAUCACACUUUAAUCACUAUCUCAAAUCAUACAAAAUACUUUGAAUCCUAUCUAUACAGCAUUCUUUCUUCCUGAAAUCAUUUUUUACAGAAUAUUUCGUGAAAGCCAGCAAUGUAUUUGCCAAUAAAUGACCAUUUUGUUGUUUGUAUUUUGAAAUGAGUUAGAGGAGAAUUUACAAAACUUGGAGAUUUUAAGUGUGCACCCAGAAAUACUUCCACGUCACGAGUAAUGUUUAUUCCCCAUGAGUCGUCUUUUGAUUACAUUUUUAUGCUUGACGUUGUAUUAGAAAAUUGUUUUUUACCUUCCGGAAUUUUGGAAAUUUCUAAAUGGGACGAAAGAAAAACAAAACAUAACAGCAAAUAAAAGGUUUGUGAUUGUACAUAUAUAUGUAUAGCAGUCGGCCCAAAUAGGCAGCUACAGAAAGGUGAAAGGUUCAGUAAAAAAACAUACUAAGUUGUUUAAACAUUUAGCUGUGAUGUUUUAGUCUAAGAAAUGGUGUGGGCUUUUUUAUUUUUGUUUUUUAAAGAAAGAAUCUCUUCUGCCAACCUUUACAGCCCUUGCUGCAAAGCGACUGGUGAUUCAAACAUUUGUCUUACCUAGAGGUGGUACGGAGAUUUUCUUUAAACUCUAUCCGUAAACUCAUGAUAAACUUAAAGACUUAAAUGUAUGGAAUUAGAAUGCCCGGUUUUAUUUUUCUGUCCAGUAAUGUUUCAAUAACUAUGGUGCUAAAUGUAGUUGUACGCAACUUUGGAUGUAGGUUCAUUAUGAUAUUUGUAACAUUUUAAACA